UAUGUCGGGAGAGAGAGCGAGAAGAAGACGAGGACUGUAAAAAGAUAGAAGGCAAGGAGAAAACAAAUGGAAUAAUAAAAAGCGUAUCUCGCUUGUCGGCUGAAACUAGGAUUUCAAAUCCAGACAUAGUGACAUUAGUUGAGCGUCAAGUGAUACAAGUUUACAAGAGCUUCGAAAGGAAGCGAGUGAGACUAAGUGAAUCAGUUGUCUGAGUCGCUGGAAUUUAGCUGUACAGAGAGAGAAACUUGCAGAUACAGCACCAACUACUGCCUGGAUUCAGGACACUCAGCAAAUACGGACUACAGUGGUACACACUGGAAUAUUUUUAUGCUGAAAAAAACACGUUUGUUUUGGAAAUAUUCUCAACGAUUUCUACUACUCCAGACAGCUGGCUGAAGAGAUCCCAGAGAUGAUUGGCUGUAGAAGCUGAGACUUGACAAGACAGAGGAUCUUGAACUAGGUGCUAUUCUGAAAGCCUAACAGGCUGUAUUGUAUUGGUGUUGAAGACAGGUGUGAAGUCUUCCCUUAGUCUUUGGUGUGUGGCCUUCUCUGAGCUGCAGUGGAGGGCUUCACAGACACAGCUAGUGUGGCUGGAUGCAUCACGCAGUAGAGCAGUUUGGUGGGCGUGGCACACGGGACUCCUUCCCUCUGGACGGACUCAGCCGGGGACCAUGGGCUCCCGUGGGCAGCCGCGCCACCUGGGCGCCACCUGCCAGGUGUUCGACAGGUGUCAAUCAACACCAGGUCCUCCCCCAUGUAGCGCCCAGUCACAUGGGUGGACUGAACCAUCCCAGUAAAUUCUUCAAUAAUGGGACCAUGCAGGUGCGUGGCGGUGAAAAGCUGGAGCUGUCCCAGGCCAUGUUACCUGGCCUCCAGAGAGGGGACCAGCAAUGCCCCCUUCCUCCCCCCCACCGGGUGUGGGAGCAGAUGGGUCAGCUGUAUGAGUCACACCCCCCUCCUCAUUCACUUGAACCCCUACCCGGCCUUCACAGCGGUGGAUACAGCGCCGGGCCUCCUACCCACCUGCCUUCCAGACCCAAUCAGCUACUGAAGUAUGAGGGUCCUCAGGAGCAUCAUGUCCCCAGGGGUCCAGCGUCACUGGGUGAUGAUAUGUGGGCUCAGAUGCAGCAGCAGCAGAGGGGUUACCCAGGGAAGAUGCUGGGGGGGCAGCUGAAGAGGCCGGCCCCCCCUUUAGGGGAGCACUCGGUCAUCCAGCACACCCCGCCCCCCUCCCUUCACCCCUUCUCUCGGCCCAAUGAGGACUGUCCCAGUCCUAGCAAGAGGAAGAGGAGCUCUGAGCAGGUUCCUCACCCAGGCAUGCAGAGGUUCUCUGGCCCAGGAGGACACCCCCUGCCCCCCCAGCAGCAGCCCCUGUCCCACCCCCCCCCUCCCCCACCCAAACCUGCCUUCUGGAACCCCAUACAUAAGGGGAACGCCCCCUGGGCCCAGCCCGAACGCAAGAACGGGCCUCCAGAGUUCCAGAUCAGAACUGAGUCAGCCAAGUCAGGUCUGGGCGGCUACACCUACAAACCUCCCCCCUCCCUCCGCCCCCUCGCCAAUCUCCCCACCCCGCAUCUCCUCCCUGGGAGACUACCCCCAGCGGCGCGGCGGGGCCGCCCCACCCCACAAGCCCCAGUUCCCACCUCAGGCCCUCAAUCAACCCCCCCACAAUACCACCCCCAGUACCCCAAACAACCAGCUCCAGCCCCGCCCCUCAUGGGGAUGGAGCCCCGGGGAGGUCCUCCUACCCCCCAGAGAGGCCCUACCGCUGGGGGCCGAGGAAUCAACAACCAGCCCCACUCCCAUCCUCCUCACCACCAACCUCCAGCAAGGGGGGACAGUAGAGGAGACAGGGGCUUUAGGGAGACCCCCCAACCCUCACCAGCAAACCACACCGGCGUGCCUUACAGCCACAACCCCCACCUCCUUGCCCCUGCCAGCAGCACCGCAGUACCUCAACAGCACAACCCCACCACCCCCCACCAUGAGGCCUGGAGGCCCCAGGGACAGGGCCAGGGCCAGGGCAGGCCACAAAGCAACCACCCCCUGGAGUCAGGUCUCUACAGGGCAGGGCUGGUAUCUCCGGGGCAGCAGCAGAAUCAGAACCAGGUCGGGGAGACCCGGGGUCCAGCGCCCCUCCAGCAUCAUCAGCACCCCUACCCCCACGUCAGCCCCCCUCAGGCCACCCCCAUACCUCCUACCAGGACGCCUGUCAUCACCCCCACCUUCACCCCCCAGCCCCCCUGCUCACAGUCACAUAACAACCGCUACAACAGUAGUAGUAGUAGUAGUAGUAGUAGUAGUAGUAGUAGUAGUAGUAGUAGUAGUAGUAGUAGUAGUAGUAGUAGUAGUAGUAGUAGUAGUAUCAGUAAUAUGACUGGACCUGCACUCUCCACUGUGACCACAGCGCCACCUGCUGUGUGUUCAGCUAACAACACCCCCACCAGCAGCAGUUGGAGAGGCAGGGAGACGAUGGGACUGCUCCACCAGACCUCAGUUCCGUCUCAGCUGGAGAGGGACCCAGAGAGGGGGCCCAUCAACCCCAUGCUGCACCCAGGGUAUCAGGGAGCCCACGUGGGCACUGCCAGUCACCCUCACCCCCACCGGGCACCACCCAGGCCCCAGCAGCAGCCUAGCCACCACCACCAACAGUCUGUCCAGGGGAAGGGUUACUACGGACGGACUGAGCCUGAUCGCACUCCUUCCUUCUCUUCGUCAUCAUCCUCAGGACACCAGAGGGCAGGGGAGAGCGUCAUCACCAGCAGAGGGUCUCACCCCAACCCCCUCCCGCAGACGGCGGUCACUAGCUCGCCCCAUGACCGCCCCAUGACCACCCCCCAACCCCACACGGUCAACUCUGCCCCUCAGCUAGCCUCCAACCCCUCCUACUCCAGACUCUGUGCCCAGCCUACACCCCAGGCCCCCCAGGCUACCCCCACCUCAGCCCAGGGGUAUUCUUGUUCGCGACCCCAGCCACCUCCACCCUCAGCCCCGCAGUCCAUGAAGGAGGCUCUGGAUAAACUGGAUGCUGAGCUGCAGGGUCAUAUGCAGGCCGAGGAGAGAAGGAGGGACUGGGAGAGAGAGCAGGAGGAGAGGAAGAGGAGGGAUUGGGAGAGAGAGCAGGAGGAGAGGAAGAGGAGGGAUUGGGAGAGAGAGCAGGAGGAGAGGAAGAGGAGGGAGUGGGAGAGGGCGGAAGAGGAGAAGAAGAGAAGUAGGGAAUGGGAAAAAGAGCAGGAGGAGAGGAAGAGGAAGGACUGGGAGAGAGCGAGGGAGGAAGAGGAGAGGAAGAGGAGGAGGGAGUGGGCGAGAGAGGAGGAGGAGAGGAAGAGGAGGAUGGAGAGGAAGGUGAAGGAGGAGAUGAGCAGGAGCAGUAAGGGGAGAGAGGAGUCCGCCAUCGAGAGUCUGGAGAGACUCCUGUCAGGCAGCACCUCUUCUUCCCCACCUCCUCCCCUGUCCACUGGCUCCACCUCCUCCUCCUCCUUUGUCCUACCUCCACCCCCACCACCCCCCAGCCAGUCCUCCUCCUCGCCCCCCUACCCCUGGCUGAGCCGGGGCGGGGCACCCCCUUGUCCCCCAGGCCAGGCACCACCGUCUCCUGCCCCCCUGGAGAGGUCGCAGCCGCCCCCUCUCACCCCCCAGACGGACUAUGCCAGGGAGAAGCAGAGGCAGAGGGAGAAAUGGGGUGGAAGUCCCCCGUCGUCAUCUCACAGUAGUAACGUUACCUCAGGGAACAACACCCGGCCCUCGUUGGGGUCCUCCUACCCCAACCACCCCUUAAAUAACACCACCAUGCGAGGCGCCCCCCGUCCAUCCAAAGAUACCCCCCAUCCCAAGGAGAAGGCUAGUCAGCAGGCCAGAGGAGGAGUGAUGGGGGCUAUGGGUCCCCUCCACACCUCCAGCACCAUCACCCUCCGAGAGCCCCCCAAACUCUACCAGGCCUUCCCCAGGGACAGCCUUUCGUCCGUGCCCAACCCCUCCAGAACCAGCAGCAGCACCUCCAGCACAGGGGGCCUCCUCCACAAGCGCAUGCCCAGCGGAGGCCUGGGUAGCUGCGCCAGCAGCAGCAGCGGAGACUCGGAGAGCGCCCAGUUUGAGGAGGAACCAUCAGAGCUCUCUACGUUACUCCCGGACGGUCUGGCCAACAUCAUGGCCAUGCUGGAUGAGUCCAUCAAGAAAGAGGAGGAAUCUUUAUAUAGCAGCGACCGAAACGGAGCUAGAGAAAACAUUGUCAACGCCUUCUCUGGUACCAUGCCACUGGUCAAGAGCUACCUGUGCGCCCCGGACCUCAUCCCGGCGCCCAAGCAGCAACCGCAGGACGACUUUGUUGGGGCGAACCUCAACUCCAGCCCCCCCGUGCUGAGCCGACAGGGCUCCCUGGCCUCCCCCUGCAGUCGGACCUCCUCCCUCAACGAGGAAGAGGAGGAGGGUUGUCUCACCCUGAAACCCGCUCCGGAGGUCCACAAGCCAGCUGUCCCUCUCAACCCCAACUCCCAGUCGGGGACUAACUAUCGCCACAGCGACCUGGCUAAACUCUACGGUCUCCCGGAGCCCGCGAAGAGCGAGUGCGACGACGAAGAUGAGGAAGAGGAGUCGGAGACUCCGUCCAGUUCCCCUCCCCCGCCCCAGAGGCCCCACCUCCACCAGACGGGGGUGAGCAGCACCAACAAGUCCCUGGCCACCCUGGAGAACCAGAAGUACACCUACAGAGGAGGUCCAUUUGGCCGCCCGCCCCCCUCCGCUCUGGGGGGAGUAAAGUACUCCUCCUCCCUCUCUCUGGGUCCCGACAUCCAACAUCAGCAGAAUAGCACCUCCCCCACCUCCGAUUCCACCAAUCACCCGGGCUUUACACCGUCAUUGACCCCGCCCCUAAAGUCCCGCCCACACUCACCCUCCAGCUGGGAGGCGAAGAGACAGGUCAAUAUAAAGAUGGAGGAGCCUGAUAUCUGGAGAAAUGGGAGGGAGGCCAUGGAAAAGAGGAUCCAUUCCUCAAAGGAAGAGUCAAAUUUGAAUCCCUCCACACAAUCCAUCAAGAUGGAGCCAAAAAAAGAGAUGAAGCUCACUACCAUCUCUGAGUCUUCUCUGGCUGAGCUGGGCCGGAGCUGUGAGGUCUUCCUGACCCGACACUCCAACUCCCUCCCCAGCAAGAACACCUCAGACAGGACCAAGACUGAGCUGAAACAGGAGGACAUGCACCACAAGCCUGAGAGAGAGAGGGAAGGAGACAGAGAGAAGGAUAGAGAGACAGAGAAGAAGAGGAAACACGGCAGCAGCAAGACACACCAGGAGAGGAAAGAGAGGAAGAAAAAGCACAGAGAGAAACGAGAGGAGAUGUCCUCCUCCCACUCCUCCUCUUCCUCCUCCCACUCCUCCUCUUCCUCCUCCCACUCCAGUUCCAGUUCCAAACGGCACAAGGAGGGCAAAGGUCACAAGGAGAAGAAGGACCACCUGCGGAUCCUCGGGAACCUGGACCUCCAGAGCAAGGAGAUCCGGGAGAAGGACUGCGACCACGUUCACUCCGACAUGGAGAGAGACCGGAAGAGGAGGAAGGAGGCUGGGUCCACCAGCGAAGACGAACCCUCAGAAUGGGCGUCCCAUAGUAGAAGUGAAAAAAUAUCUAGUGUCAUGUCCUCUUCUCAGGGCAGUGAGGCUGGUUCGACACUGCAGGGUUCAGCUGCUGACUUCAUGAAACUGAAGGCCCUGUCGGACGGGCCGCCCAAGGAGCUGAAGAUCAGACUGAUCAAGGUGGAGAGCGGAGACAGAGAGACGUUCAUCGCCUCGGAGGUGGAGGAGAAGAGGACACCGCUGGAGGAGAUCAGUAUCAAGAACACAGCCGCAGAGGUCAUACGGGCCUGCAAGGGUGCGAGUGUGAAGGGGAAGUUCAGAGAGUCCUACCUGCUCCCUGCGUUCUCUGUCAAGCCCCUGUUUACUACAGAGCCCAUCCCACGGGAGAAACUCAACCCUCCCACACCAAGCAUCUAUCUGGAGAGUAAGAGAGAUGCCUUAUCCCCAGUACUACUGCAGUUCUGUACUGACCCUAAGAACCCUGUUACUGUUAUCAGAGGACUGGCCGGAUCCCUACGACUCAACCUGGGUCUGUUCUCCACUAAGUCUCUGGUGGAUGCUAACUCGGAGCAUGCUGUGGAGGUGAGGACCCAGGUACAGCAGCCUGCUGAUGAGAACUGGGACCCCAGCGGCACGGGGCAGACCUGGCCCUGCGAGAGCAGCCGCUCACACACCACCAUCGCCAAGUACGCUCAGUACCAGGCUUCCAGCUUCCAGGAGAGCCUCCAGGAGGAGAAGGGGAGUGAUGAAGAUGAUGAUAAUGAAGAUGAGGAAGACAAGGAGAAAGAGAAGAAGAGUAAGGAGACUAGCUCUGAGACGUCUAACAAAGACCCCACAAGCAAAGACGCUAUCAGUACCGAGCUGAAACCAGUGGGGAAGAUUAUCAAGUUUGGCACCAACAUUGAUCUGUCAGACCCCAAGAGGUGGAAGGCCCAGCUGCAGGAGCUCCAGAAGCUUCCAGCCUUCAUGCGCGUGGCGUCCAGCGGUAACAUGCUGAGCCACGUAGGACACACCAUCCUGGGCAUGAACACUGUCCAGCUCUACAUGAAGGUCCCCGGCAGCCGCACGCCUGGCCAUCAGGAGAACAACAACUUCUGCUCAGUGAACAUCAACAUUGGGCCUGGAGACUGCGAGUGGUUCUCUGUGCAUGAAAACUACUGGCCGGCCAUCAACGACUUCUGUGAAAAGCAUGGAGUAGACUACCUGACUGGUUCCUGGUGGCCUGUCCUGGAGGACCUGUACCGCUCCAACAUCCCUGUGUACCGCUUCAUUCAGAGACCAGGGGACCUGGUGUGGAUCAACGCAGGGACCGUCCACUGGGUCCAGGCUGUGGGCUGGUGCAACAACAUUGCAUGGAACGUCGGACCACUCAACUCCUACCAGUACCAGCUGGCUCUGGAGAGGUUUGAGUGGAAUGAAGUGAAGAAGGUCAAGUCCAUCGUCCCCAUGAUCCACGUGUCCUGGAACGUGGCCCGCACCGUCAAGGUCACCGACCCAGACACAUACAAGAUGAUCAAACACUGCCUGCUGCAGUCCAUCAAGCACAUCCAGGUUCUGAGAGACCAGCUGGUGGCAGUAGGGAAGAAGAUCUCCUACCAGAGCCGGGUGAAGGACGAGCCAGCCUACUACUGCAAUGAGUGUGACGUGGAGGUGUUUGACCUGCUGUUUGUGACGUCUGAGAGCGGCAACAGGAAGACCUACGUGGUCCACUGUGAGGACUGUGCCCGCCAGAGGAACCCCAGCCUCUCCAACAACGUAGUGGUGUUGGAGCAGUACCGCAUGGAGGAGCUCAUGAGUACCUACGACACAUUCAAUCUGGCUGCAGCGCCCAGUUCACGGUGAUGAAGCUCCUCCACGUCUCAAAGCCAUAACCAAAACUCCUGCCAGACAGGACUAAACACACCUUUUAAAAUGUAUUUUAACCUUUUUUCCUUCAUUAUUUAAGAUAUUUGUACUACUACUUGCCGAUCAAAACAGCCAAUCGAAAACCAGUUUACUACUCAUCACUGUUUACAAAACCAAACCGCCAAUCAAACGCCAGUUUACAUUUGUUGUCAACGGUGCUCAAGAUCAGCUUACUGGUUUCUGGAGGACUUGAAAAAACGGAAAGGCAGUUGGUGCUAGCUACCAUUGUAAACAAGCAACUGAGUUGACGGUUGUUAUCAAUGGCAUGAAUUUAGUUAUUUCCGGAUUUCUUUAAAAAAAUUGUCGUCUUGAAUACUGAAAUGUGUAAAUGCUGUUUGUAUUUUUUUGUGGGGUGCUGUUUUUUUCCUAAAAUAAUUUAUGUUCUUUUUUUUUUUAAAGACUAGAUCAGCCUAGAUAUAUACCACAUUGGCCUUGUGACUUGUAUUUAGAAGAUAAAUAAGAUGGAAAAUACUAAUAAUAGAGAUACGAACAUUUUUCUAAAAGCAUUAAGAAUAAGAAGACACAUUUUUUGUUUGGAAUGCUUCGAAACAUACGGGUUUUAAAGACGUUUUUGUUUUUUAGUUCUUGUCUUUUUGACUCUUGUAUGUGUUGUAAAUUUUGUGUUUUUACAAAUGUAUAAUGUUUAUUUCCUUGGGAGAAAGAAAUAAGUCAAUUGUCACACCUCUUUAGGAGUACAUCAGGUCUUUGUUUGAAUUAAUUGCUUCCAUUUUUCAUCGUGAUAAUUUUUUCAGUUGGUGUAAUAAUCGUGUUGUACCUCUGAUUUCGUUUUGUUUUAAGUAUUAUUUUUUUUAUACAGAUGUAUUCUUUUUUUGGGGGGGGGGGAUUUUACAUUGUACAUUGUUCUUUUUUUAUUUAAAAUGUUUCUAUUUAUUGGAUGUCAAUGUUCUCCCCUUGUUUUUAUUAGGGCUGUACAGGUUUGAAAGUUUUUUAUGGUGAUUCUGAGUCCUCUAACAACUUACAGGAGGACAAUGUUUUCUCUGGUGCUUCUUCUGGUUCUAUAUAUAUAAAUGAUAUUUCUAAUGAAUAUAACUUACACCUUCCCCUGUAGUUGCUAGGAUACACAGCCGAGGUAGAAAGUUGACUAACGGAAUACUGUCUUUGUAAUGCGUGAAAAAACAAAACUACAUUUUCUGUACCUUUUUUAUCUGAGAAAUCGUAAUUUUGUUUUUCAUCAAUUUUAGGGGCCUUUAGAUGAAAUUAAUGAUUUUUUUAAAUAUUAUUAUCUGUUGGAGUAUUGACAGUUCUCUGAUGAACAAUUUCUUAGUUUUUUCCCUUUUUAAGAUGAGAAUUCUAUUUUUCCUGUUGCAAUAUACCUUUUAUUUUUCUUCUCUUUGUGGUCAUUCAUUUUAAACUGCACUGUUUAGAGAAUUCACACACACACACACACGCACACGCACACACACACACAACAAACUGAGCCAGACAUGUCUUAAACACUUUGUGAAUUUGUGUGACAUUACUAUGACUAUUAUUAAUAAAUGCUUUUGAUAAAGCCA